GGUGCUGCAUUCUUUAUAUCCCAUGACGGACAAACUGACAUCUUCAUGCGAAGCCACUGUGCACUGGACUUUGCAAUCGGAACACUGCCGUCUCCCCUCUGCCUUUGGGUCAUCACCCGCUAACAUGAUGAUUCGAAGUGUCAUUUUGUGUCUACUCGUCACAGUCGUUUGCUGUCAUGCCGAGGAGGGGAAGAGCAAGUCCAGGGUGUGUGCCAAUGUAUUCUGUGGGGCUGGCAGGGAGUGUGCUGUGACAGAGAAAGGGGAUCCUUCCUGCCUGUGCAUCGAGCGAUGUAAACAUCACAAGCGCUCUGUGUGUGGCAGUAAUGGUAAGAUGUACCGCAACCACUGUGAGCUCCACCGCGACGCCUGCCUGACCGGCCUCAAAAUCCAGGUGUACCACGAUGGACACUGUGAAGAGAAAAAGACAGACAAAGCUGUUGCUGCCAGCCCAAUCGUGUGCUACCUGGCCAACAGGAACGAGUUGCGCAGCCGGGUCAUCCAGUGGCUGCAGAAUGAGGUGGUCCCUGACGGCUGGUUCGCCAAGGGCUCCAACUUCUCCAACAUCCUGCUCAAGUACUUCAAGGACUAUGACAAUGGAGACUCCCAGCUGGAUUCCACUGAGUUCCUUAAGUUCCUCCAGCACAACGAAACAGCCAUCAACAUUACGUCAUAUGCUGACGAGGAGAACAACCGCCUGCUCAGGAGCCUGUGUGUGGAUGCCCUCAUCGAGCUCUCAGAUGACAACACGGACUGGAAGUUGAGCUUCGAUGAGUUCCUAAACUGCUUCAAGCCUGGCUUCAACCCACCAGAGAGAAAGUGUGCCCUGGAGGAUGAGACCUAUGAGGACGGGGCAGAGACUCAGGUGGAGUGUAACCGCUGUGUCUGUGCCUGUGGGAACUGGGUCUGCACAGCUGUGACCUGUGAAGAUAAGGGGCCUGCUGUGGAGAAGACUGAAGGUGCUGACCAGGAGAUGACAGAGGAGGAGUGGACACGGCGAGUGGCUGAGCUCAAUAAACAUCAGGAAACUGUGGAGAAGAUGAAAGUGAGCACUAAGGACAUUUGAGAGAGAGAGAGAGAGAGAGAGAGUCCUCUUUCAGUCCCACCAUCAACAAUCACUUUCUGGCUGAAGCUUUGGAGCUUGUACUGUUGCUAAAGGGAUGCAUCACUAUUGUUUUUAGAUUUUAAAAUGUUAAUUCUUAUGAUUUUUUAAAAACUAUACCAAUGUCUAUUGUAAUAUUAUUGUGUAUAGGGGAGACUAGUUGAAUUGUGUGUACCGUACCAUCAAACACAGUACUGUUAUCCUAUUUGAGUAACACUCCGAAGACUUUGUAAGAAUCCAUGUCACCUCGUAGUGGGGUAAUAUUUGUAUUAAUUUGAGUUAAGUUGUUGUUUUUGUUGUCUGUCAGUCAAAUUAGCUCAUCUAUAGAAAAGAGAAGAGUGUGUGAAUUGGACAUAAUAAGGAAAGCACAAGUUGUAAGAACUACUGUUAAAAGAAAAAUGACUUCAAGGUUGCCACGUCACAUACCCAACCACAUCACAGAGGGUUGAGAUAAGCAAUUCAGCGAGAAAGCAUAAUCAGAUGCAUUGACCUUACAGGGUUGCUCUUCCAGACACCUGGGUAUUUUAUUGGGCCAGUAAAUCACAUGAAGGAUGAACACAUGGCUGAGUUGUAAACGUACCUGAAUCCCAUUGUAAAUCCAUCAACAGUGUGAUUACACUUGCCUGGCAGUGUUACUACUCAUAUCAUAUCUGUAAUAUAUACAGUAGAAACCCAUUGACCCAUAGCAUCUGAUGGUGCCAGGGUUCAAUCUGUUAGGAAAAGGG